AGAAGUGCUAGGCACGGUUCCUUAGAUGUGCAUUUUCAUUGGUUGUAAAGCGAACAAGUUUCACACUUAGAAAUUCUAUUCUAAAAGACAAGAUCUCUACAUAAAAUAGCUUUUUAUUGAGACAAAAUGUCAACAAGAACUGCUGCCAACACAACGGACGACGAUCUUGACCGGAUCUCAUACCUUGGUGGUUAUACAGACACUGUAGAAGCUUUACCACUUGAACUGCAUCGUAAUUUCACGCUAAUUCGACAAUUGGACGAAAGUGCUCAAGAUCUGAUGAACAACGUAUCGACGGACGCGCGGGCUAUCAUGACUGAAACGACUAUGCUGUCACCCAAAGAGCGACAGGAGAAGUUAGCACGCGUUGGUAACUUACUAAAUGAAGCGCUUAAGCGUGGCGAAGAAAAGUUCGCGCUUGCUAAAUCGACAUACGACACGGUCGAUCGACAUUGUACAAAACUUGAUACGGAUUUGCAGAAAUACGAGGAUGAACAAUUAAUAGGACCCACUCGUAGAAUGGGUAUGGCUACUGUGUCUUCGGCUGCAGGAGCAGUUCUAGUUGCAUCAACGGAUCGGCCAGAUAAAAAUGAUGGUCGCAAAAAGCGAAAGGGGGAGCAGAAAGGUCCAGGUCGAGGUAGAAAAAAGGCGGCACGCAAUGCAGAAGAUGAAGUAUUGCAACAAGGCGAAUAUCUUUCUGCUGAAGAUUCGAGGCAGCAUGCACAGGCUGCUAUUUCAUUAAGUAACCUCCCUAUUGAUCCAAAUGAACCUUUAUAUUGCUACUGUCGACAAGUUUCGUUUGGAGAAAUGGUUGCUUGUGAUAAUGAUGACUGCGAGAUCGAAUGGUUUCAUCUGGAAUGUGUUGGCUUGCGAACACCCCCGCGAGGUAAAUGGUAUUGCAAGAACUGUGCAGAACAGCUCAAAAUUAAGCAAAAGAAGUAGAAUCAUACAAAGUAUGUUCGUCUUUUAUUGUUUAGGAGGUGUAUCCUCAUCUUCAUCAUCGGGGUCAACAUCUCCCUCCAAUUCCUCUUCUUUCCGUUUCCUUCGCUGUUCUUCAUCCUCUCGCUUUUGCUUCUUGUACCUAUAUAAUAUACAUUACACACAUAUACAUAUAUGCAUACAUUCAAAUGUCAUUAUCAUAAAAAAAAUAAAAAUUAAUCCUGUAGAUACUGUUUUCUUUCAUAAUAUAACUUACAGUGCCGAAUCGGGGUUGUU